AAACCGGCGUCAGUUACAUUGACUUUCUUUUAAGCGACACGCGCGUUACACACUCUACGCGGGAGGAUACAUCAGAAUUCCACCAUGAGACCACUGCUGGAGAUGCUACUGGUUGUAGCGUUAGCUAUGCACACAAGUGGACUCCCCUACGGCGAGCUGCCACCUCAGUUGCGAGCACAGGACGGACUCGUCUGGUAUGGCGACAAUCGUGCUGCCCAAGUUCGGAGCAACGUCUAUCAGAGCUACAAAGAGAACGUCGCCCCGGAACGAAUCGGCCAAGUGCCGCAAUACAGUUGGGAUCAGUCCCAGCAAAGUACGUUCGAGGGAUAUGAGCCGUCAAGAUCGCAGAACAGUCCCAACUACGUAUACCAGCAAACGCUGCAGUCCGAUUCUAACGCCUUGGACAGUCUCACGAUUAGCUGCAAUGGGCAAAAUAAAGUCUGCGUGGACAAGAGCGUGUGCGUGGACGGAUACGUACAUCCCUUGAAGCAAGGUUUCAUUCGACCAGGACAGGUGCAAGAAUGCAAACUCAGCCACGAAGUGUGUUGUACCGUGCAAUACGAUUUUCAUAACUCGCCAUACGAGAACGAUCAGAUCAACGCGGUGCUGAAGAACAAUCAGUACCUAGAACCCACCCUCGAGAAUGAUCAGAGGUACGUCCCGUACGGGCAGAACAACCAGGCUGAUGUGGCGAGCGUCGACUUGACUCCACCUUUAAGAAACGACGGUGAAUUGCAAUCUGCAGCGAAUGACGGAUACGUCUUAGAAGCCGCGAAUCAACCAUACAGUGAGGCGAGGCCCGCUAAAGAUUUGCCUGUCGAUUUCAAUCAGAUACCAGACGGUACAAAUCAACAGGAACAGUAUCAAUCAGGCAGUGCUAGUGCGAGCGAGCCAGUUCUUCCUCCGUUGAAGUCGGCCCCUACAAACUCCAAUCCCGCGUCAGUUUUUCAGUUUCCGGUUCAAUCGGGAUGCGCGGCUGCUUUACUCUGCGUGGAGGAGCAGUAUUGUACGUUGGAAGGAGUCAUCAGCACGGAACCGGUUGCGCUUACCAGCCAGCAGCUUCUACGACGUGUUCCCUUGAGCAGCUGCAGGGAUAAGGAAACCGGAAUAGUCGGCAAGUGUUGCCGCGAUCCGAAUUACGUGGAUCCGUGGCCGACGGGCAACCUGCCGGCCAACUACACCGGCGGUUUCGACGAGCAGGGCUUCCCAACGUUCCUGAACAUCGCCAAAGUGCGACCACCGAAGAAGCCGGUCACGCAGUCGCCUAUUAAGAUCAUCCCUAAGCCGCCCACCAAGACGCCUGCGCCUCCCAUUUACGAGCAGCGAGAACCCACGCACGUCGUUCCCCUGGUACCGGAUUAUUCCGUGACACCGCAGUACGUGGUACCGAUCCCGACCCAGCUUCCCCCGAUUAGCACCCCCGCACCCUUCAUCAAGAGACCGUACGAAACCGCCUCGAGCGAUCAGGACUCCGUUCCUAUUUUGCCAGAAUUGCCGAGAGGCCCGUGCGGAGUGAGAAAUUACGGACAACGUCCGCCCGGCUUCAGAGACACCGAUGCGGCUUUCGGAGAGAUCCCGUGGCAGGCGAUGGUUCUGUGGUCGGAGGAACGUAAGAUCUUGUGUUCCGGCGCCCUCGUGGCAGAGAACGUCGUCCUGACGGCUGCCAGCUGCGUCAACAGAUUCUCGCCGAAUGAAAUAUCCGUAAAACUUGGCGAAUGGAAGCUGGGCUACGAGCUUCAACAAGAAGAACCACUUCCGUUCCAGAUCAUCAACGUGCAGACCAUCAAGUAUCAUCCCGGAUACGUGGACGGACUGUCGAGCAACGACACCGCCAUGUUAUUUUUGCAGCAUCCCGCGACCUUUAACUUGCACAUUAACACUCUGUGUCUCCCUGAGGAUUACCAAAUACAAGCAACCUCGCAAUGCAUCGUAACGGGAUGGGGCAAAUCGAUAUUGCAAUCUCACUACGCCGGCGCCAUCAUGCACAUGGUAGACGUGGAUCUGCUGUCGCACGACGUUUGCCAGAAUCGCGUCUUGGGUGCGGAAUCCCAUAUCAAUGUCGCGAAUAACGUGAUUUGCGGCAAGCCACAGAAUGAAAAUAAUAUGUGCCAAGCUGACGUCGGUGCUCCGUUGGCCUGCUACGACGGCAACGGCGCGUAUCACAUCGCCGGUAUCUACAGCCAAGAUACCGGCUGCUUGCCCACAAAUCAAGUGGCAACGUUUGCGCCAAUCGAUAUCGCCUGGGUGAAACAGACCAUGUAUCCAUCCGAGAGCAAGAUCGACGCCGCGCAGACUAUCAUUGACGACGGCUACGAUUACCGGAAGAGUAAUUUAGCGGGUAAUCAGUAUCUGCCGCCAGUGUAGAAAGCCACACGCAUACACGUGCGAUAUAUAUUUAUACUGUUGUAUAGCAUACUUCUCUCUCUUAAUACUCACGAACGCGAGGAAGCGGCGGUCGCGCGUUCGCAUAAUAAUACGAUUUAGUGUAAUGCUGGGAAAAUAAUUAGUGAUACGAUAAAAAAAAUGGAAAAUAACCGAUUUCAUGCUAAGUCGCGGAAACAGUCGUCUAUUAUCAGCGCUGACAUUGCAUUACUUACGAGUGGACGUUACGACAUUGCAUGGAUGCCGAACGUGAACUGACACUAAUUUUGCACUUUACCUUGGAACGGCGAUUCGAUUUCAAUAAUGCAAGGAAAAUAAUACAUGACGGAGAGCACUUGCUGCCCCUCGUGGCGAACCGAAUGUCGAGAUCAGCGUCCACUCGAUACCGGAAUAACACAAUAAAACGUACAACAUAUACAAUGAAUUCCUAGACUCUAGACGCAAAUAUAUUUAUUUACCUGAUGUAAUGCUAAAAUUAUACAUACAUCUGUACAUAAUGGGAACAUUGCAUAUAAAGAAUGUGCGCUUCAGCGCGUAAGAUUAUGUAAACUUAUACCAGACAACUUGUCAAGCUAUGUUACGUUUAAUAUAUACUUGU